AUGUCAACAGAAUUAGAUGGUUUGAAAUCAGAAGUCAAUGAGUAAAAUAAUCCUAUAUCUCUAGUCUUAAAGAAAUGGUAGAGAUGCUUGAAAGUGAAGUUUAGAGCAAAGAAGAUGAAAUAAAAUUGAUUAAAACAAAUCUCUAAAAAAAAGAUUAAGAAAUUGCAUCUCUUAAAAUUAAAUUGGCAGGCACAGAUUCCCAGAAUAAUGAAACAGAUCAUAAUCAAAAUCAAUUAGAUCAACUUUAGGGCUAAAUUGUUUCACUUUAAUAAUAAUUAUCAGAAUUAAAGUAAGAAUAUAUAGAAUAAAAUAGACAUCAAGUAGAUGACAAAAAUUUAGAAAUUGAAGUGUUAAAACAUGAUCAUGAUGAAGAAUUGAACAAUUUAAUAAACCAGAAGAAAGAAACAUCAGAACAAAGCUAAACUGAUGGUGAGAUUGAAAAACUAUAAAAUAUUAUAUCCCAACUCCAACAAGAAAAAGAUGAAUAGACAAUUUAGUAUAAUUUAUUAAUAUCAAAGGCAUAAUUUGGAAAUAGAUUAGUUGAAAAAAUAGAUAGAAGAAUAUUCAAAGUAAAAUUAAGAGCUUUUAUUAAAUUCUUAAGUAUUUUAUUAAUUUAACUUAUAUAGAAAAUUGAGUCUAAAAAUAAUGAAAACAGCGCAGAUCUAAUUUAAUAGCAAUAAGAUGAAGUAAAAUAUUAAGUUAAUAAGAAUUCGCAAUUAAAAUUUAGUGUCGUAUAGAGAGAAGCCCAUGAAUAAGAAAAUCAUCAACUAGAAGGAGAUGCUGUUAAAUUGAAAUUGAAUUAAACAAACUAAUUGGAUAAUCUAGGGACACUUCUGAAUCCAAUGGAAUCACCAAGAUAUGAUUAAAAUUCUUAAAAUAAUGAAGAACUUGAGCAAAUGCAGAACACCAUAAUUGAUUUAUAAAAAGAAGAUUAGGCAAAUAAAGCCAAAAUUGAAGAAUUUUGUGAGGAAAUUAAAUAAUUAAAAUAAUAAAUACAAUAAUUAAGUCAAUUCAACUAAGAAUUGCAAUUAGAUCUUGAAUAGAAAAAAAUUGAAAUUAAUGAAGAAUCGGCAAAAUUAUCAUCACUUGAAGACGAAUUAAUUGCAUAUGANUGUACAUUGUAUAUAACGAAUUAUUCAACCCCUUUUUCAAUAAAAAUUAUAAAUAAGGACCUCUUACUCUUCUUAGAAUGA